AUGGAGCGAGGAGGCAUCAUGGAGCGAGCAGGCAGCAUCCAGCUGGAUGUCCCGGACUUCAGCAACUCUGUGCUGUCCCAACUGAACCAGCUGCGUAUGCAGGGGCGGCUGUGCGACAUAGUGGUGAACGUGCAGGGCCAGAGCUUCCGUGCUCACAAGGUGGUGCUGGCAGCCAGCUCCCCUUACUUCCGAGACCACAUGUCGCUGAGCCAGAUGAGCACUGUGUCCCUGUCAGUCAUCCGCAACCCCUCUGUGUUCGAUCAGCUCCUCUCAUACUGCUACACAGGGAGGCUGUGCCUGCAGCUGGCCGACAUCAUCAGCUACCUGACGGCCGCCAGCUUCCUGCAGAUGCAGCACAUCAUUGACCGCUGCACGCAGAUCCUGGAGGGCAUCCAUCUAAAGAUCAGCCUGGCGGAGGAGGAGCUGGGGGCCGGAGGGGGGCAGCAGGGGCACAGGGGGGCUGGGAGCUUGGAGGAAAGAAGAAGAGGAGGUGGGGUAGGAACAUCAGGGGGCUCGGGCUCCCUCAGCCCGCGCCACAGCAGCCCCAGGGUUCUGGGCCCUCAAGGAAGCAGCGGCGGAGGGGCCAUGGAUAUCCGAGAGGUGGGAAGCCCAGCGGGGGAGUCCAUGAGCCCCCAGUUGGUGGAGCACAGCGGGCUGGGCCCAGAGGGUCUGCCUGGGGGGAUGGAAGUGGGCAGCAGGCUGGGGAAGGAGCCCAUACUGCGCAUCAAUCGGGCCGGCCAGUGGUACGUGGAGGCCGAGUCGGAGAGGGGGAGCGGCGGUGAAGAGGGGGAGUCGGUGCGGGUGGUGGACGGUUUGAGGAUAAAGACGGAGAGGGUGGAAGAGUGGACGGGGGCUGAUACCCAGGAAGAAGGCAGCGGGGCGGAAGAGGGAGCAACCAUGAUGAUUGACACGUCCGGGUGCAGCUCGCUGGUUCAGGAGGGUAUUGUCACGGGGGCCAAGAGCUCUCAGCCCUCCAACAGCUUCAGUGAGACAGAGAGGUGGGUACAAGUUCCAGGGAAGCAGUCACUUUAUAUAAUAUAUAUGCCAUUUAGCAGACGCUUUUAUCCAAAGUGACUUAGUAAUGUGUGCAUACAUUUUUUUCCUAUGAGUGGUCCCGGGAAUUGAACCCAUUAUCCUGGCGUUGCAAGAGCCAUGUUCUACCAUCUGAGCUACACCAUAUAAAAGGAGUGUGCAUGCAAGUUUUAAACUGAAGUACAAUUCAGUACAAAGUACCUCAGAAAAGCACUUUGGGUAACAUUUAAGGUUAAUGAGUGAAAAUUCUAUACAAAAGCAGCCUACUGUAUGUAUUGCUAAUGGAAGAUGGAGUGCUAAGGUAAAUGGCUAGGUGGACCUGCCUGCCGAUGAGGAUCCAGUAUCUCUGUCCUGUCAGGUUUAGUCCUACUGGCAGUGUGGUGGUGAUGGCAGAGAGACCGAGAGCCAAGAGUGAGUCACCCAGCAGAGCGGACGACCAGCGCCAUCCCAGCUCACAGGUAUGUGUCACCCUUAUCGACUGGCAUCCUACCCUGGUGGUCAGCACUCUACAUUCCCACCAUACAUCGCUAGUCCAAAAAAAGCUAUCUUUCAGUCCAGGGGAGAUCAAUGAUCUUUUAAGGUCACAAGGCAAGGUUAUGGAUUGGUACACUAGCCAGUUACAUCCUCAAUGAUAAUAGCACUGAGCUGUGUGCUCUAUGAUUAAGGGGAAUCAUGCAUGUUGUGUGCAUUCCUCAUGGACACGUACAAACUGAAUAGAACAGCGCCGGAGGAGAUGGCUGCCGUUUUACAGCCCUCUAACCAAUUGUACUCAUAACUCUAUCCUCCUGAUUCCUGCUUAUAAGCAAAAACUAAAGCAGGAAGCACCAGUGACUCGGUUAAUAAAAAAGUGGUCAGAUGACGCAGAUGCUAAGCUACAGGACUGUUUUGCUAGCACAGACUGGAACAUGUUCCGGGAUUCUUCAGACAGCAUUGAGGAGUACACCACAUCAGUCACUGGCUUCAUCAAUAAGUGCAGCGAUGAUGUCGUCCCCACAGUGACCGUACAUACAUACCCCAACCAGAAGCCAUGGAUUACAGGAAACAUCCGCACUGAGCUAAAGGGUAGAGCUGCCGCUUUCAAGGAACGGGACUCUAACCCGGACGCUUAUAAGAAAUCCUGCUAUGCCCUCCGACGAACCAUCAAACAGGCAAAGAGUCAAUACAGGACUAAGACUGAAUCGUACUACACUGGCUCUGACGCUCGUCGGAUGUGGCAGGGCUUGAAAACUAUUACAGACUACAAAGGGAAGCACAGCCGUGAGCUGCCCAGUGACACAAGCCUACCAGACGAGCUAAACCACUUCUAUGCUCGCUUCGAGGCAAGCAACACUGAAGCAUGCAUGAGAGCACCAGCUGUUCCGGAUGACUAUGUGAUCACGCUCUCCGUAGCCGAUGUGAGUAAGACUUUUAAGCAGGUCAACAUUCACAAGGCCGCAGGGCCAGACGGAUUACCAGGACGUUUACUCCGAGCAUGUGCUGACCAACUGGCAAGUGUCUUCACUGACAUUUUCAACAUGUCCCUGACUGAGUCUGUAAUACCAACAUGUUUCAAGCAGACCACCAUAGUCCCCGUGCCCAAGGACUCUAAGAUAACCUGCCUAAAUGACUACCGACCCGUAGCACUGACGUCUGUAGCCAUGAAGUGCUUUGAAAGGCUGGUCAUGGCUCACAUCAACAGCAUUAUCCCAGAAACCCUAGACCCACACCAAUUUGCAUACCGCCCCAACAGAUCCACAGAUGAUGCAAUCUCGAUUGCACUCCACACUGCCCUUUCCCACCUGGACAAGAGGAACACCUACGUGAGAAUGCUAUUCAUUGACUACAGCUCAGCAUUCAACACCAUAGUGCCCUCUAAGCUCAUCACUAAGCUAAGGAUCCUGGGACUAAACACCUCCCUCUGCAACUGGAUCCUGGACUUCCUGACGGACCGCCCCCAGGUGGUAAGGGUAGGUAACAACACAUCUGCCACACUGAUCCUCAACACGGGGGCCCCUCAGGGGUGCAUGCUCAGUCCCCUCCUGUACUCUCUGUUCACCCAUGACUGCAUGGCCAGGCACGACUCCAACACCAUCAUUAAGUUUGCCGACGACACAACAGUGGUAGGCCUGAUCACCGACAACGAUGAGACAGCCUAUAGGGAGGAGGUCAGAGACCUGGCCGUGUGGUGCCAGGACAACAACCUCUCCCUCAACGUGACCAAGACAAAGGAGAUGACUGUGGACUACAGGAAAAAAAAGAGGACUGAGCACGCCCCCAUUCUCAUCGACGGGGCUGUAGUGGAACAGGUUGAGAGCUUCAAGUUCCUUGGUGUCCACAUCACCAACGAUCUAUCAUGGUCCAAACACACCAAGACAGUCGUGAAGAGGGCACGACAAAGCCUAUUCCCCCUCAGGAGACUGAAAAGAUUUGGCAUGGGUCCUCAGAUCCUCAAAGAAUUAUACAGCUGCACCAUCGAGAGCAUCCUGACUGGUUGCAUCACCGCCUGGUAUGGCAACUGCUUGGCCUCCGACCGCAAGGCACUACAGAGGGUAGUGCGUACGGCCCAGUACAUCACUGGGGCCAAGCUUCCUGCCAUCCAGGACCUCUAUACCAGGCGGUGUCAGAGGAAGGCCCUCAAAAUUGUCAAAGACUCCAGCCACCCUAGUCAUAGACUGUUCUCUCUGCUACCGCACGGCAAGCGGUACCGGAGUGCCAAGUCUAGGUCCAAAAGACUUCUCAACAGCUUCUACCCCCAAGCCAUAAGACUCCUGAACAGCUAAUCAUGGCUACCCGGACUAUUUGCACUGCCCCCCCACCCCAUCCUUUUUACGCUGCUGCUACUCUGUUAAUUAUUUAUGCAUAGUCACUUUAACUCUACCCACAUGUACAUAUUACCUCAACUAGCCGGUGCCCCCGCACAUUGACUCUGCAACGGUACCCCCCUGUAUAUAUAGCCUCCCUACUGUUAUUUUAUUUUACUUCUGCUCUUUUUUUUCUCAACACUUUUUUUGUUAAAAAUAAAUGCACUGUUGGUUAAGGGCUGUAAGUAAGCAUUUCACUGUGAUGUCUGCACCUGUUGUAUUCGGCGCAUGUGACCAAUAAAAUUUGAUUUGAUUUGAAACACAGAGGCUAUGUGAUGAUGAUGAUGCAGGCCCUGUGGAAGUCCUUAAUCACAUUUCAUAAAUACUCCAUAAUACAUAAAUACUUUCCCCAACACCCAUGACUGCAGCUUAUAAUAAGGGUCUUGAUUAAGACAUAACUAUUAUGGGAACCCAUGACAGAAGUGUGGUGCCUUCGACAACAAUUCCACCUGCAAAUAGCAAUUAUACACUGAGUCUACAAAACAUUAGGAACACCUUCCUAAUAUUGAGUUGCACCCCCUUUUGCCCUCAGAACAGCCUCAAUUCGUCGGGGAAUGGACUCUUCAAGGUGCCGAAGGCAUUCCACGGGGAUGCUGGCCCAUGUUGACUUCAAUGCUUCCUACAGUUGUGUCAAGUUGGCUGGAUGUCCUUUGGGUGGUGGACCAUUCUUGAUACACACGGGAAACGGUUGAGUGUGAAAAACCCAGCAGCGUUGCAGUUCUUGACACAAACCGGUGCGCCUGGCACCUACUACCAUACACCGUUCAAAGGCACUUAAAUCGUUUGUCUUGCCCAUUCACCCUCUGAAUGGCACAUAUACACAAUCCAUGUCUCAAGGCUUAAAAAUCCAUCUUUAACCUGAUUUAAGUGGAUUUAACAGGUGACAUCCAUAAGGGAUCAAAGUUUUCACCUGGUCAGUCUGUCAUGGAAACAGCAGGUGUUCCUAAUGUUUUGUACAGUGUAUUACAAUGAGUGUUGACACAAAGUCUGAGAUGUACCUCUUGUUUAUCUGUGGUUUGUCUGCCAGGGGGAGGAGCAGGCUGUGUUCGGCGGCUACGAGGAGUACCUGCGUGAACAGGUGGGUGACCGCUGGUUCCGCUACAACCCUCGACUCACCUGCAUCUACUGCUGCAAGUCCUUCAACCAGAAGGGCAGCCUGGACCGCCACAUGAGGCUGCACAUGGGCAUCACACCUUUCGUGUGCCGCAUCUGUGGCAAGAAAUACACCCGCAAGGACCAGCUGGAGUACCACAUCCGCAAGCACACAGGAAACAAGCCCUUCCAUUGCCACGUCUGCGGCAAAAGCUUCCCCUUCCAGGCCAUCCUCAACCAGCACUUCCGCAAGAACCACCCGGGCUGUGCCCCUCAGGAGGUGGCCCACAGCGCCUCCCCAGAGACCACCACUGUCUCCUCCCGGGGGGGCCAGAACGAGGAGGGGUCGCCCAGCCAGGAGGAGCCAGAGGGGGGUACCGGUGGAGGUGGGGCCUCUUUCAGAGAGGGUGUCCAGGCCUCUGUCUCCACCACUGGGCCUGAUUGA